AUGUCGACAGCUCUUCCGAGGCCUUCGCGGCCCUCUUCUAACGCACCACCUACAAUAUCUCUCCCUGCGCUUCCCGUUCCCAAGACGCGUAAGAGCACCAGUGGGCUACCAUCGCCCGGCCUCAAGCCCACACCAACAACCCCCAAAUCCGGGCUUCGCGUACCAUCAACAGCUUUGCUAACUCCGUCGACGCCUGCCCCGACGGGGCCUCUUCCUCAGCCGAGAUCAGUCUCCGAAAAAAACUCUUCAGCACAAAGCAGGUUACGGAAAACCGUCAGCAUCAGCUCGUUCCCGCAGCCGCCCCGAAAUGAUGGCAGGAUAGCGAGCAUGCCCCCUAGCCCGCUACCUCCAGGCUCGUCUCCCCGGAAAAUGAGGACGCCGACCACACCAUCCUUCCAGUCGCGCGGUAGCACUUCGAGCCUUGUGAACGGCACCAGCGACCAUCAUUCAAUACCGCGAGCACCAGCCACGAGAGACUCUGACGGCCUGAUUAGCGUGCCAUCGCCGCCGCAAAGCCGCAGUUCGUCAGCCCAGGACUCAUACUCGACUUCAGCGACUCAGUACGAAGACAUCAACGAGCCGUCUCCCUCGAAACUAAGCAUGUCAAUAAGCGAAAAGCGGUCCUCCAAGUCGGACUGCAAGGGCAAUGUCAUUGUUAGCGUCAGGGUCCGCCCCGACGCCAAUGGCCUUGACCCCAAAAACGACGAAUGGAUCAUCGAUGGGAAGAGAAAUCUGAUUGCGUACAGGGGAAAGGAGCAGGCAGGAGACUAUUAUUACGAUAACGUAUUCACGACACACGAUGACAACGCUAAAGUCUAUGACCAUAUCGCGAAGCGCCUAGUACGGCGAGUAAUGGAGGGUUAUCAUGGGACCGUCUUCGCCUACGGCAUGACCGGCACCGGAAAGACGUUCUCGAUGCAAGGCACGGCUUCGUCACCCGGUGUAAUCCCAUUGGCCAUCACCGACAUCUUCUCAUACAUCCGCGAGACCCCUUCCCGCGAGUUUUUGCUUCGCGUUAGCUAUCUCGAGAUCUACAACGAAAAGAUCCACGACCUGUUGAGCAUGGCCGCGAACAAGGAAUCUGGGGGAAACCAGCCGCAGGAGGAAAUCAAGCUCCGGGAGGACAGCAAGAGGGGAGUAUAUGCCACUCCUCUGAAGGAAGAGAUCGUUCAGAGCCCGACUCAACUAUUGCGCGUCAUUGCUCGUGGCGACCAGGCCCGCCGAGUUGCCAGUACCCAGUUCAACGCCAGGAGUUCGCGCAGUCACGCUGUCGUUCAGAUCGUCGUCGAAAGCCGAGAGCGCGUGACUGGGUCCGAGAACAAGCGGGCGGGUAUGUUGCCGGGCGGUGUCCGAGUCUCUACCCUGAGCUUGAUCGACCUGGCUGGUUCAGAAAGGGCAGCUGAUUCGAAGGAGCGGCGUCAGGAGGGCGGCCACAUCAACAAGAGCUUGCUCACACUUGGCACGGUCAUUGCCAAGCUCUCCGAGUACAACAAGGACGGCGGCAAGAGCGGCGACAAGCAUUUGCCAUACAGAGAUAGCAAACUCACCAGAUUGUUGCAGGGAGCACUGUCGGGUAACUCCCUCGUCAGCAUCCUGUGCACUAUCUCGAUCGGGGCAACCGGCAGCGUCGCGUCAGAGAAAACGCAUACGAACGAGACUCUCAACACGCUAAAGUUCGCGUCGCGCGCAAAGAACAACAUUGUCAGCCAUGCUCGACGAGCCGAAGAAACGAUUGGUCCCGGUGCAGACGGGGCCACCCGGGCUCUGCUGGAACGGUACCGCAGGGAGAUCGAGGACCUCAAGAAGCAAUUGGAGGCUGUGACGAAGCAAAACGACAAGAAGGAGAUCGAGGAGGUGAAAGCGCGCGAUGCGGAAGAAGAGCGGGCUCGGCUUCGGGAGGCUGAGAUGCGCCAUGAGGAGCAGAUGUUGGAAAUGCAGCUGGCUCGGACGGCCCUGAAAGAGAGGAUAGAUCAUCUUAAUCGGUUGAUCCUGAGCUCCAAGUCCAUCGGCGUCAACGGGUCCUUCAGGUUCUCUCAAGGCUCCAUCAUGUCCAACAUGACGGGCAUGACGGGACCAAAACUGGGUCUGGAGAGGUCAGCGUCCCUGACCUCGAGCUUAUCCACGAUCGGGCGCAAGUCGGCCAACCGUUCAUCCGGCGAUGGUACGCCCGUCUCGCCGUCAGAUGAGGACAGUUUGGGCGAAUACGCAAACGAAAUCGAGUCGCUCAAGGCACACAACCGCGCACUGCAGGCCGAUCUCGAGGACAAGAACCGGUACAUCGCAACCCUCGAAAAGCGUCUCCUCCAAGCCCGGCGCGCCAGCUCAUCACGAACCUCAGUCGGUCUUUCGAAGGGCAUCAUGGUGGGAGAAGAUCACGCCGUCUCACAACUGCUCAAGGAGAAGGAUGCCGAAAUCGCCGAGCUCCGCGCCCGACUUGACGACAAGGACCGCAUGCUUGCCGCCCUGCGCAGCGCCGCCCGCUGUCGUGAUAACGCCGAACGGAUCGAUUCCCGCAUCGAGUCUCGUGCCGCCGUCGAGUCCCGUAUCGAAUCGCGCUCCGAGGUCCGCAACUCUCUGAUCCUAGACAGCAACCCCGGUCCCGCACCACAAGCCAGCCCGCCGGCUGCGCCGCCGCGCUCAUCAUCCCAGUCGUCGCAGUCGCUGCUUCGGCAGGUCUCGCAGCUCCGCAAGCGGACUAAGAGUGUGGAUGAGAUGAGCCGCAUGCUCGAUGAGAUGAUUCAGGAUCGGGUUGAGAGCGGGUUGCUUGUUCGGGGGGCUAGGGGGAGUGUCAGGAUUGCGCCGACUCUGGAACAAAAAGAAGGGGAAAAGGAAAAUGGUGAUAGUGGCGAUCCACCUGUUGUGCCGUUGGCUAGCCCGUUUGCCCCGCCUGCGUCGCCCCCGCCUUCCGUGGCUCCGCCGCAGCCGCCUAUUCAAUUGCAGUUGUUGGCGAGGCAAAGGCAGAGGGCUUCUGCUGCAUCGCUGCUGAGCACGAGUUUUAAUAUGAGUGGUGAGUCAGGAGUGAAUGGGAGUGGAAGUCGGAGUGUGGUGACGGAAUCGGCGACGCCGCCGCAGGAACAGCAGCAGAAUGCUGUUGCUUUGGAGGCGUGA